UGGCGGAGAGAGUAACAGAAGAAGAAGCAUCUCCUCAACACACUCUCCACCCCCGCCGGGAUUGGCUUCUUGCGCGCAUAUUUUUCCAAGUCGCCUCUGGACGCAGAAGUAGUUUUUUGGUGGUGGUUAUAAUCAUGGCGCCAAGCAGAUCCCAUCCGAUUCCUAUUCACAGAUCGGCAUCGCAUACGCCGUCGAUGCUUGUGAACGCAAAGAAAUAUCUAUCCGAUCGACCACAGCUAUUGGAUUGUCCACGUUGCAAGGUGCACGGCGAAACGGAGCUUCGUUUCGUGAACGGCUUCUUCACGUACGUCUCAUUCUUCAUCAUCCUUAUUUUCGGUUUCGCUAUCCUUCCACUCUUCUUCCUUUGGGUUCCAUUUUGUGUUGAAACCUUUAAAGACGCCGAACAUUAUUGUCCAUCGUGUCGUGCUUGGAUCGGAACUUACAGACGUCUCGGAAAAUCCACGUAGAUCUGCCACACGCCGCCCACACACUACAAACUACACUACUAAUUUGUUUUUAAUUUUUCAAAUUGGAUUUUAUUGUUUUUCUAUGGCUUCUUCUUCUUCUUCUUUUUUCAGGUUAAUUUCCAAUGUGGUAAUGAAUAUUUUUAUAA